UCAUUCGCAUGCGGGACUUGGUGCUGUCGGUAUCUCGGAGCUUGUGCCGUCCGUCGGGUGUUCACACGUGUGCCGCUCACACCGUCUUCAUACAAAUCUGGCAGUGCAUGUAGAUGCAGAUAGAUAUACAGCUGGUUGGUGUGCAACUGUGUAGGAAAGUGGAGUGGUCCUUUCUGGACAAUCUAAUUCAAUCACAUCAUCAUCAUCAGCUAUCAGCGGAGAAGCAUCGUGCGAAUCGGUUCGUUGUGCUUAGAUAAAAGGGGUGAACAAGUGGUAGGAAAAAAGGCUACGGUUUUUUCGUUAUUCGGUGAUUGCUUCAAAUGCUGCGAUGUUGGCGGUUUAAAAAAGCAAUGCAGUGAAGAGAGUGCACAGAAAACAUAAAAGUAAUUCUUAAUCGUUCAUUAAAUUUUAAUCGGCUCGUUCGGAAGAAAGCUGGGAAGAAAUUUGGUGUUUGUGGUGUUUUAGUGAACUGGAAGCGACGAGAGAUUACCAACUUGGGAAGUGAUUUUCAAAUCGAAAUAAGUCAGUUAGUUUUCAUGUUUGUGGUUUGUUGUUAGCGAACAAAGCUGCUAGUUUAAAUCUCAAAAAUAAUAAUCUAUACAAUAAGUGAAUCGUUUCUGCGUAGAGUGUGAUUUAAACGAUAAAUUCAUAUGGAUAGUUAUUAUUACUGAUAUAAAAACAAAAGUUGUGUACAUGAAAUUGGAUAAUCACCUAUCGAUAUACGCCCAUCUGCUUCGGGGGGCUUGAUGUUCGCCUGACACUGACCAGAAGAAAAAGUUGCGGUUUAGUAUUCUAACAACUGGUGUUCAGAUUGUUUGCUUUGGAAGAAAAUAAUUUGGUGAUAAAAGUGAAACAGAUCGUGCGAAAUCUGUAUGGGAAAAUUUCAACCAUUUGUGAUUGAUGUGUAUUGAAUAUAGAGAAAAAAGUGGAAAAAGUUUUUCGUUGUGUUGCAUCAUAUAAAUGUAAAAUAUAAUAAUCAAAUAAUUUACGAACGGAUUACGCUGUUGUGAGUGUUGUUCACGCUACGGACCUAAGGGUAGGACUAAUCGCCGGUUGGCAGAGAGGUUACGGUUGCUGGCUGCGUACUAAUCCUCUGGAUAACAACACCCAUCCUGCGGGCGGAGGCCAUUAUCAUGUUUCUAUAAUAAAUAAAAAAUGGUAGACGAUCUGAGUUGAUAAAACAUGGAUUUCAAGGAAAUAAUACUGCUGCUAUGUUUGGUUUUAACGUUCGUCCGGGCCACGCACAGAGAUAGCAAAAGUUUAAAUGAAACCCUAAGCAGUUGGAGUCCCUCCGAUGGUGAUCCGGAAGAUGAAGACGAUGAGGAAGUACAGAAACGAGCGAAAGCUCAGGGUUGGUCAUCGUGGACCGAAUGGUCAACCUGUUCCCGAUCUUGCGACGGCGGUGUAGCAUACCAGUUACGACGCUGUCACGCACCGCACGGUUGCAAGGGAGAUGCCGUGCGAUACAAAAUAUGCAACAUGCAGCCGUGCCCAGAGCAGCAGGAUUUUCGUGCCCAUCAGUGCUCGGCGUACGAUGACGUGCCCUACGAUGGCGCACUUCUCAAGUGGACUCCUCACUACGACUACUCGGAGCCGUGUGCUCUGACGUGCAGAGGUCGCCCGCAGCAUCUGCUGGAAGAUAUGCCGGACUCGGCGGCUGCCAGCGAAUCCUUCCCACCCGUGGUAGGCGACGACGAACCCAGCGUCAUUGUGCAACUCUCGAACCGGGUCCAGGACGGCACUCGGUGUCGGCCUGGAAGUCUAGACAUGUGCAUCCAGGGCAAAUGCCAGCGCGUCGGAUGUGACUUGAAAAUCGGCUCCACCAAGAAGAUCGACGUAUGCGGCGUGUGCGGAGGCGACGGGACAUCCUGCAGCCAGCCACUCUAUCAGUGGGAGAUAGCACCGAUGUCACUCUGUUCUGUCACCUGCGGAGGCGGAUAUAAAAUGGCAAUGCCCACUUGUCGAAACCGAGUGACGGGCGUUGACGUGGAGGAAUCUCUGUGCAAUGCUUCAUCCCGGCCGGAACCGACCGUGGUUCAGUGCAACACACACCUGUGUCCACCGAAAUGGGUCACCGACGAAUGGCGACCCUGUUCCAAGUCGUGCGGAGGAGGCAUCCGGGAGCGGGUGGUUGUUUGUGCCGAGGAAAGUAAUGGCGCUAAAAAUAAGGUUCCGGACGAGGCGUGCAGGGGCGUACGACCGAAGAGCCAGGAAGCGUGCAACACCCAGGAAUGUCCCAAAUGGAUCGCUGGAGAAUGGAGUGGGUGCUCGGUAUCUUGCGGUAGUGGCAUUCAGGUUCGAAGCGUGGAAUGCAUGGAUUCGAACGGCCAUCUCAGCAACCAGUGCGAACAUAAGACAAAGCCACCGUCAGGCCAGCAGUGUACGACCGGUAUCGGGUGCAGCAACGGUGAUUUAUCCGCAUCGUCACCACUGGCAGCUAUCAUCGCGUCACCGUCGUCAUCCGGACCAGCCGAUGACAGCAGCGGGCAUGCCAAUCACGGCAGUGGAGCUUCUUCGGUGAAUGAAAAGCUCGCUCACGUGGAACGCGAUCCCACACUGAUGACGUACAACGACCAACCGUAUUACGCUCAACCACUGCGACAGGAUCGGCUGCCGAAAGCGGAGAAAAUCGUAUCCCAGCGGGUACCCAGCGAAGCAACGUACAUUCAGGACACCGAAUGGUCACCGUGCAGCGUCACCUGCGGUGAAGGAAUCCGUCGGAAACCGUUCCGGUGUAAAAUCUUUCUGGAAUUCUCCAAAAGGGUAGCCAUUCUAAACGAUUCACUCUGCCACGCCUACAAACCGCUGGAUGAAGUCGAACGGUGUGUCAUGGAACCAUGCUCGUACUCACACAAUUUUGAAGAAUCUUACUUAAAGGACGGUAACCGGCAGAAUCUGGACGGGAUAAAAGUUCAAGCAGCCGUACCAGGGAAGACCUAUUCUUGGCGGGAGGAAGGUUACACAAGCUGUAGCGCUUCCUGUUUGGGUGGAGUCGAAGAGCUGAUCAUCAACUGUAUUCGAGAUGACACGGGAAAGAUAGUUUCUCCGUUUUUGUGUUCCCCAGAGACGAAACCUGAGGCGCGGAUACGAACCUGCAACGACAUUCCCUGUCCGCCUCGAUGGAAUUAUUCCGAAUUUACACCGUGUUCCAAAUCAUGCGGAUUCGGCAUUCAAACACGCGAAGUUACUUGCAUCCACGAAGUGACCCGAGGUGGCGAGAAUACGAUGAUCGUACCCAAUAGUAUGUGCACAACGAAACCCCAGCCCGAUCGGCAGUACUGCAACAUUAUCGAUUGUCCCGUGCGGUGGGAGGUUUCCGAUUGGAGCAAGUGUUCAAAACCUUGUGGCGGAGGAAUCAAAGAGCGACGCGUUGAAUGCAAACAAAUAAUGGCCCAAGAGCAUAAAGUUGAGCGACCGGCUUCUAUGUGCCCGAGUAGUAAACCAGCUGAUAAAAAACCUUGCAACACGAAAGCCUGCGCCCCAGAAGACCAACGACCGCCGAUUGCUGGAACAAACUCCACCUUCAUUCAGCACGACCCGAAGAAAAAUAAAAUCACACUUAAAAUUGGUGGUGCCGCAACCGUCUUUUUCGGAACACAAAUCAAAAUUAAGUGUCCGGUGAAACGUUUCAAUCGCACCAAGAUCAAGUGGAGCAAAGAUCAAACCCCUCUUACUAAAUCGAGGAAAAUCAAAAUCUCCAAAAAGGGAGCACUGCGCAUUAUAGACGUCACGUUCCGUGAAGCGGGCCUGUACACUUGCCAUGCCGGCUUGAGCCAUGCCGAUCUUCGCCUCUCGGUAAAACCGAAACCCGGUGGAGUGGACAGUCACAGUGAGGAUAACGAAAGUCACCGGGACGGGGCGGAUCUAAAUGCGCUAAGAGAUCAUACCUACGUGGUGUCCCAGAACGGGGGCGAUGAGAAAGGCGGCCGCAGAAACCGUGAAAGAGCUCGAGGGAAGAACCGCCAGCGACAACCAUCUGAUACUGUCCAAAACGCAGCUAGUAGUGUCAUGGAGGACGAGGAACUCAUGAGAUCCCACUCGCAAAUGACCGCCUCGGAUAGUACGGUGCCGUCUGACGGAGCAAUCGCGGCCAGUUCCGGCAGCCGCACGAUGCCGAUGCCGCACUUUCAGCAUCUACUGGCCAGCCUACAGCAGCUUCUUCUAUGGCCAUUUCAGACAUUCACCAACUCGAAGGGUCACCAGCUGCUGAUGGAACACGAGUACAGCCAUUUUGAUUCGGAUCGUGCGGAGAAGGAUGAACCGGCUAAGCCGUUCAACGUGUACGACCUGCUGAAGGCUCGAGAUCGAUACGGGCUGGGACUGACGGGAGCGGACCGGAACGAGUCAGCCGAUGCCGGCGGGGAACUGGCAUCACUGGUCGAGAGCAUCGAGUUCGAGUGGAUGACAACACCCUGGUCCGAGUGUUCACAGACGUGCGGAGCCAAUGGCAGCGGAUAUCGGCUUCGAUCAGCCCACUGCAUGGUCAAGCUAACCAACUCCAGCCACACGGUGGACAACAGCCUGUGCGAGGACGCCGGUCUGGUGAUACCAGAAACGGUGGAAAAGUGCGGCAAUGUCGAGUGUCCCCGCUGGGUAACCACCGAGUGGUCCGUCUGUCUACAGUCCAAAUGUUUCAGCUGGCACACGGCCCUCCAGAAGCGAGAUGUUUUCUGCAAGUUUGCCAACAUCAGCCACAGCGACAAAUGUGACGAACAGGAGCGGCCUGUCACCAAGCAGGAGUGUUACAAUGAGAUGUGUAAAGGCGUCUGGCGGGUGGAACCCUGGUCGGAAUGCAAUUCCGCCUGCGGUGGUCAGGGAAUUAAGUACCGAAUACUGCAGUGCGUAUGGUAUGGUACAAAAAAGCCGGCCGGUAAUGCCUGUAAGGAUCAACCCAGGCCGGCAGUCAUGAAAGUUUGUAAAGGACCACCUUGUAUUUCUAACCUAUCAGAGUGCAAAGACUUAUCGAGGUACUGUAAAAAUGUAAAAUCCAUGGGUCUAUGUAGACUUCACCGUUACCAGCAACAGUGCUGCAAAACCUGUAGGUUUAAUAUUUACUAAUGAUGUACUCAGCAACGCAGUUGACACGAGGAACCAAAUAACCAGUGCUGUUACGGAAGAGCAGAAGUCCAGCUGUCGUACAAACUGAUUCUUCUAGCACUGAAACUACCUACCUUAUAAUGGAAAUUACAAUCCUACCAAAUCGACUUGUACCGAAAACCGUUAAAUAGGGACUUGAAUUCGAUGGUCCCCAAAGGGAAAAUAAUACACUCCGGAAAUGUGAAAAUUUCAAAACAGGACAAUUGUAUAUUAUAUUAUAACAUUGUAUUUAAUAUGAGUUAAGCUAAUUAAAUAAGCUGCAGGCUAUGCCAAUGAACCGGAUAUAUUAGGGGAGAUACGUCAUUUACUGUGCUUUAACAGAAAUAUGUUUAUUUAUUAGUAAUACUAUUUAAGAAAUGAAAAAAAAAACUGUUGUAAAUAGUAGUGAGCUCACCACGGGACAGGAGAAUUUAAAAUUCAAGAAUGCUGAUAUUAGAAUAAACGGGAAAGUAUCUUUAGCAUAAUCUAAGCAAAUGAGAAGGUUAAUUUUUAAGUUCAGACUAUCAACCAUUUUGGCUUUCGAAACAUUUAAGAAUCAGAAAAAUUGCCAAACCAAGAACACGUUGUGGAGACAAAGAACGAAACUGUAUUUGAAAAAGUAUUUUCACCUCUAAAACGCUACGAAUUGUUCCUCCGAAUUGUUAUAACCACUCAACACUCAUACACGUAAAAGUCAUUAACAUUACAUUCGAGCCGUCGCAUUAGUUUAUAUUUUAAAUGCCAAGAAAUUCCUAUAUCUGAGUUGUUUUGACUCUAGACACUAAUCUUAAACGAUCAUUACAUUCUUAUUGUUCAUCGCCUGCGCAUUUUAAACCCCAAUUUAAUCUUAACAUCCACAUACACUAGUCAAAGCAAACACACACACACGCACACGGAAAAACAUUCAUACACUAACUCUCUCCCCUUUCCCGUACACUCACACAUUCGAAGACACACACCCUUUUUAAAACCCGUAAAGCCAGAUCAGUCUUAAAAACAAUUAACCUACACUUUAAGCUUUUUCGAAUUACGAAUAUCACACUUUAGACCCUAUUUCUAUAACUAUACCUGACAAAAGCGAGAGCAGACGAAAAGGAAAACCAGAUCUAGAUAAGCAUAGAGGCAUAGAAGUGGCAAGUUCUGGGCAUAAUUAUUACACGUCCGGUUGUUUUCGAGCAAUAUAUAAAAAGAAAUUAAUUGAAACCAAUGGCACUAAUGUAGAGCAACCACAGCAGCAACCAGAAUCAAUCAGUUGUAGAACACGAUGGAAAAACGAUACGUCCGAGAAAAAAAAACUCAAUUAUGAAAAGAAACCUAUUAAGCAAUUGUUUUCAAUUAGUGCGCAGAAGGAUUGUGUAACUGUCACCGAAACGCGUUAGUAUUGAUGCAGCUGUUAACAAGGAUGGAAAAAGCUUAAGAAAAAUUUGACAGCAUCAACGGUGAAAUCACGAAGCAUGUGGUGAUGGCUGUGUUGUAAAAAAUCGUUUUAACUUUUGAGUAGUUACGUGAAAUGAUAACCCUGAAGGUUUUUCAGUCGAUCAUUACGUAACAUUAAAGCAUAUUAACGUAACUACUCGGUUGUUGAGUCAUUCAACCAGCCAAAUAAACCAAACAGAAGACUGGAUGGAGAGUUUUCUACUUCCUGGAAAUUUGUUGAUAAUUGGUAAACUUGUAGAAAGUAUUUGCAAUAAUUUUACAAUUUUUAUUGUAACGCUAAAUUACCGUUUCGUCAAUAAUGCAGAGUAAUGCCAAGAUUCUACAAUUGCAUGUUUCAUACUACAACAGUUAAAUUUUCCUGAGGUAAAAAUCUCACCUUUGAAAGCAGGAGUUAAAACGGAAAGGUAAAACUAAUUUAUACACUGUCUGUUGGCUCAGAAAUUUCUCUGCUAAUUAGAACUCAAAAACAAACUGCGAAUUUCUCUGGGUAAAAAUAUAGUUCUGUCAAAACCAAAUGUGUCGCAUGUUAAAUUUAAUGAAAGAAAUAUGAGCGACAAACAACACUUAGCAAUUUUAUACCAAGAAUAAAGAAAAGAAGGACAUGUUAGUUAGAAAAUAAAUUAAUAAAAUUGGAAGAGUAUAAAAAUCUAGCAAACCACUACAAUUAAAUUGAAUAACGAGAAGUAAAUUAUAUAGAAUCUAGUUCAAAUCAAUUGUCAAACACGGCGAGAAAUAUGUAAAAAAUUACCUAACUAAAAACAAAGAAAAAAAAACAAAACACAGAACACUAAAUCGAGCCCCCCUAGCGUUAAGGUAUAGCAGAACCACACCUAGGAUGGUAAGAAAUCCACACCGGGCACUCCCUAGCCUAGAGCUAUGUUGUAUUGUGUAGGUCCAAAACCGAUUUUUUUAGCCCGCUAGACAUUGACUGCUACGUGAACCAAAACUGCACCUUUCCCAACUAAGUACGCAAAUAAGUAGUGAAUCGAACAAACCAACAGAGUAAGCUUUCGUCCUAGAUAGCGUAGCAGCAGCAGCCUUUCCUGUAUGGAACUUCGCUAGCUUUUAGCAGAACCUGACGACCGCUUGGCGGUCGAAACAUCAUUAUUAUUGCAAACUACGGCUUAAAAUAAAUAUUUACGUUGCUGCACGCGGUAGUGCACAUACAAUAAAUGUGAUAUUUCAUCCCAUUUGAGCGAAAAUAAAUACUGACGACAGUUGCAGAGAAGUAAAAUUCUGAUGAAGAAAAUUAUACUAAUAAUGUAUGUUACACCUUCCAUUCCUCAAUGAAAUAUACCGCCGGAUUCAAAGCCCGCUAGCAGUUCGCUGAUAAAAACCUGACUCAUAGCAACGCUAUGAUAAUAUUAUUUUUCUGCUGAUAGGUUUAUUGUUAAAACAAAUGAAAAAAAAAACAGGAAAUUAUUACAAAAAAAAACUAACGCGAAGAAGGAUAUCUGUGAAGCAAAAUGUUGAACAAUGUCGAUUAGUUGUAAACGAUCAAUCUGCGGUUUUUCGACUAUUUGGCGAACUUCUGCAAUCGACUAAUUAUUAGCUAAGGACGGGGAUGGACUGCACAUCCCACUAUUUAUGAUUACUAUACAUUUCACUGUAUUAUGAUUAUCAUUAUAACUACAAUUAUAUAUUGCUACUAGAAAGGUAAUUAGUUAAAAAAAACUUAUGAAAAAUUAUGAAGUCGAAAGGGAAACUGAAUAAAAUAUUUUUUAUUUAAAACGA